GUUGUAUCGUUCCCUGGCUAUCAGCAGACGACGACGACGACGACAGAUCAUCAACACCAAUCAUUGGACGGAAUCUUAUAAUUGCAAAUUUGUAGCCGAUCGGGUUCUCUCUCUCUCUCUCUCUCUCUCUCUCUCUCAAUAAACUAUUAUGUCCCUGACCAAAUUCCAGACUAAAAAAUCCCAUUCAACAUCAGAAUUUCUUUCAUUUCCCCCAUUUCAACGAAAAGCAUAAAUAUAAAUAACAGUACUGGAGGCAGCCAGCAGCAGCCAAGAGAUGACAAGAGCUCCUCCUCCUCCUCCUCUACUGCUCCUCCUCCUCUUGACUCUAUCUUGUUCCUUCUUCGCCUGCGAUGCCAAGAGAGCUGGAGCAGACCAUGGAGGAGGAAUCACGGAGGAGAUCACGAUGAAGCUGAACAAGAAGAGGGCUCCUCCCUCGACCCAGGAAGCUGCUGCCAGAGGUGUCCUCCACAGACUCCUCCCUUCUCAUCUCUCCAGCUUCCAAUUCCAAGUCCAGCAGGAUGAUGCCUGUGGUGGAGCUGGAUGCUUUCGGAUUACUAAUGUUGACCGUGGAGGACCAGAGAUCAUGAUUCAAGGGACCACGGGCGUUGAGGUGGUGGCUGGCCUCCACUGGUACUUGAAGUACUGGUGUGGUGCUCAUAUUUCUUGGGACAAGACGGGUGGGUCUCAGCUGGGUUCAGUGCCUACACCGGGUUCGUUGCCACGUGUCGACCCUCAAGGGGUUACUGUGAAGCGGCCUGUUCCGUGGAACUAUUAUCAGAAUGUCGUGACUUCUAGCUAUUCUUAUGUCUGGUGGAACUGGGAAAGAUGGGAGAAAGAGGUUGACUGGAUGGCACUACAAGGAGUUAACUUGCCUUUGGCAUUUACUGGGCAAGAGGCCAUUUGGCAAAAAGUUUUUAAGGAUUUUAACAUUAGCAGCGAGAGUCUGGCUAAUUUUUUUGGUGGACCUGCAUUCCUUGCUUGGGCCCGCAUGGGAAAUUUGCAUGCGUGGGGUGGGCCUCUUUCACAAAUUUGGUUGGAUCAACAACUAGCCUUACAAAAACUCAUAUUAUCUCGUAUGAUGGAGCUCGGAAUGACUCCUGUGCUACCAUCUUUCUCUGGGAAUGUUCCAGCUGCAUUUAAGAAAAUAUAUCCCUCAGCCAACAUAACCCGACUUGGUGAUUGGAACACAGUAAAUGGUAAUCCACGGUGGUGUUGUACAUUUCUUCUUGAUCCAGCUGAUCCUUUAUUUGUUAAACUCGGCGAGGCAUUUAUCAAGCAGCAGAUAAAAGAAUAUGGAGACGUAACUGACAUCUACAAUUGUGACACAUUCAAUGAAAAUGAACCACCCACUGAUGACCCUUUAUAUAUCUCAUCGCUUGGGGCUGCUGUUUACAAGGCCAUGUCCAAAGGUGAUGCUGACGCCAUCUGGUUAAUGCAGGGUUGGCUUUUCUCAUCAGACUCUGCUUUCUGGAAGCCACCUCAAUUGAGAGCAAUUCUUCAUUCAGUUCCUAUUGGAAAGAUGAUAGUGCUUGACUUAUUUGCUGAAGUCAAACCAAUUUGGAAAAGCUCUUCACACUUCUAUGGUGUUCCAUAUGUUUGGUGCAUGUUACACAACUUUGGUGGAAACAUUGAAAUGUAUGGCAUACUAGAUGCAAUUUCAUCUGGUCCCAUUGAAGCACAUCGUAGCAAGAAUUCGACUAUGAUUGGUGUUGGCAUGUGCAUGGAAGGAAUUGAGCAGAACCCAGUUGUAUAUGAACUUAUGUCUGAAAUGGCAUUUCGGAGUGAAAAAGUGCAACUUGAGGAAUGGUUGAAAAGCUACUCUUAUAGACGUUAUGGUCGAGGAAUUUACUAUAUGAAGGAAGCAUGGAAAAUUUUGUAUCACACAAUUUACAACUGUACAGAUGGAAUAGCGGACCAUAAUAAGGACUUCAUUGUCGAGCUUCCAGAUUCUGGCCCAUUUUCUAAGGACCCUCACAUUUCAAAUGAAGGCUAUCCACAGAAGAUGAUUACACAGGAAAAUAACCAUAGAUUCUCCUUCAGGGAGACCCACACUAAUUUUCCUGUGCCACAUUUAUGGUAUUCGACUAAAGAAGUUAUAAAUGCUUUAAAGUUGUUCCUUCAUGUAGGAAAUGAUCUACGAGGAAGUCUCACAUUUAGGUAUGACCUGGUAGACCUCAUGAGGCAAGUGCUUGCAAAAUUAGCAAACCAAGUUUAUUAUGAUGUGAUGUCCGCAUAUGAUGCAAAUGAUGCCAAUGGAUUGAUUCUUCAAAGCCAAAAGUUCCUCAAACUAAUUGAAGAUAUUGACACACUUUUGGCUUCUGACGACAAUUUUCUGCUUGGAACGUGGUUGGAAAGUGCGAAGAAACUAGCAGCAAGCCAGGAAGAGCAAAAACAGUAUGAAUGGAAUGCUAGAACACAAGUGACCAUGUGGUAUGAUACCACGAGGACCAACCAAAGUAAACUACACGACUACGCCAACAAAUAUUGGAGCGGGCUUUUGAAGGAAUACUACCUACCAAGAGCUUCAGCAUAUUUCAAGUAUUUGUCAGUAAGUUUGAAAGGCAACAUAAAUUUCCCAUUGGAGAGUUGGAGAGAAGAAUGGAUAACCUAUUCAAAAAAGUGGCAAGCAGGUAGUGAGCUAUACAAAGUGAAAGCUGAAGGUGAUGCUCUUGCCAUUUCAAAAGCGCUGUUCAGUAAAUACUUGAGUUGAAAAGCUAUCAAAGGUGAUAAGCUCAGGAGAGAAGAAAAAAGGGGACAAGGGGGAAAGAAAAACCAAAGCAGAAGACGGCAACAAACAGCCGGUGGUUUUGAUGUGCAGUAUCGACUGAACAAAAAUGAGUUAGUUUUCUUUUGCCCCUCAUUGGAAAAUAUCAAUGAUGCUGAUCCUAAAGGAUUCCCUAAUAAUAUAUACCCACUGUACGUGAAAAAAAUGAUGUAAAACAUGAUAUCAGUUAUUAAUCAGAUGACCCAAAACAUAUCCUUGGCAAACUUGUAGAUUAUUCAAAGUGACUUUGCUUUAAUAAAGAGGAGUGCAUCAAGAAUUUCUCUUAUUUUU